GCCUCGACCGUCGCCCAUGCUGCGCCUCCUCCGGCUUGCCGUCGUCGCCGCCGGCGUCUCGGCCGCCGUACGCAGCAGCAUGAUGCACCCGUGGCCGCUCCUGCACCGGCGCCUCCAGGAGUCCUCGGGUCUCAUCGGCAACGCCUGUCGCGACACGACCGACUGCCCUGGUGGCAGCGUCUGCAUCGCCGGCAGCGCGACGACGUCGAUCCAGUCGUGCGUCCAGACGCCGGGCUGCGGCGGCAACGUCGCCGGUAACUGCCCGGGCCUCCUCUCGACGGGACAGCUCGUGUGCGCAUGGAGCCCCGUGAACGCGUCGCAGUGCUCGGACUUUCAAAACUCGUGCGCGGCCUUCAACGGCCAAUCCGGCAUCUACAUGUGCAUGUCCCUCGACCGUUGCGAUGCGAUCAACGGCAACAAGGGUGUGUGCAGCAGCGGAUGCAAGUCGUCGAACGGCCUCAUCUGCAACGGACGCGGCGGGUGCCAGACCAAGAACGGCGCGUCGUACAUGUGCGAGUGCAACGAUGGCUGGGACGGGCCCGCGUGCGAAAAGGUCGUCAACAGCAGCUGUCAAGCUGGCGUCGGCAGCUGCGGCCAGUUUGGCCAGUGCAUCGAUGGCGCGUGCACGUGCAUCAAGGGUUACAGCGGUCAGCAGUGCGAGCUCUCGCCCAAUGCUACGACGAGCCCGUCGGUCGUGACGCUGCCAACUCCCACCUCGGAUAGCGCAAGCAGCAGCAGCAAAGCGACGGCGGGCGGCAGCAGCAGCCCUGCCAACACUUCGUGGUGGUGGAUCCUGCUCGUCGUCGUCGUCGCCCUUGCCUUUGUGCUCAUCGUCGCCUUCUUUGUUCGGAAGAAGAUGCAGCAGCGCGAAGCCGACCGCGCUCGGACCGAAGUCGGCGAGCUCAUGGAAGGCGACCUUGACGACGGCGUCCAGACGCCGAAGGGCAUGAUUCAGACCUUAUAAUGGACGCGCCUCCCUGGGAAUAGAUGUACAUGUGCCAUCCCA